AUGUUGAAUGAUUUGGAGAAACAUUAUUUGCCGAUUUGGCUAUCCACAAUCACUAGUUAUCGACAAUGGCUCGCAAUUCAUUGGCAAACAGAUGACCGCCUUCUUUACAAAAUGUGGCAUCAAGCAGCACAAUUCAUCAGCAAGAAGUGUGCAGUUCUCCACAAAACGUCCUCCAAGACCAUCACUUGUACACGUCUUUGCCCUAAGCAGCGUACUCUGGAAGACGUAGGGCAUAAAGCAUCCUCCGAGAGAAUCGCUCAUAAGCCGAAUCCUCAGGGAGAUGCACAGAGUAACAACAUGCCAUACACACAUUUGCCCCUAAGCCACGCAUUCCAAGAUACGUAG